AUGUUUCUCUACCAACUGCUCAGCUUUUUCUUUGUAGUUUCUAAAAAGGAAGAGAAGCCCAAAUAUGAUUUAUCUCUGUACAAGCGCGGCGACUUGCUUGAGGUACCCAGGACAUUAUUCACACAUUUCGGGAUUUACCUGGGGGACGAUCGUGUGGCUCAUCUCAUUCCGGACAUCCUGCCUGCGAUCACCAAAAACAAAUCUGCGAUUGCAAAGAUGGUAACAAAUAACCGCCUUAUCCUGGGGGCCAUCACCAAAGAAGCAAGCGUCAGAGUGGACUCUGUGGCAGAUUUUGCUUAUGGCUCCGAGAUCCUGAUCAACCACGUGGAUAAAGUGUGCGCACAGCCUCCCUUAGAUGGAGACGAGGUGGCUCGGAGGGCAGAGAAACUCCUGGGCUCAGUCACCUACAGCCUGCUGUGGUACAACUGUGAACACUACGUCAUGUACUGCAGAUAUGGAAUGGCCAUCAGCUACCAGACAUACCAGUUCUGCACUACGAUACGGAAGAUCGUGUUCAGCAGACUGAGCGCCCUUUUGACUGCACUGUGUGGCGUGUGCACUGCGCUGUAUGUAGGCUGCGUGACGCCGCUGAUGUUUGUACUCAUCCUGCUCGUCUCAUUCACCAUCUGGAUGGCUGCCUAAUGACCCCUGGAGAGACCGACCUGAGAGAAAGGACUCUGGCCCUGUUUUUGCUGUGUUACUGAAAACACUGGAAACAAGGUUUCUAGGUUGUUGUUUCAACUUCUUAUAUAUGGCUGUUUUAAUUUCUUUCUUUUUUCUUGUAGUUUUCUGAACUGUUAAGUAAGCUGUGAUAUUACUGUAGUUUAGCAGGUUUAUUUAGCACAAAUGUAUUAUGACUCAGGUGCAAAACUUUAAAGACUUUGAAUAAAGCUCAAAGACAUUUAAAUAAAAUAAUGACUGAGAUAUAUGAUAGAGUACAGGGAUGAGCUGUGCAGUAAGUGUGAUAGAUGGGUUCAAGGUGGGGGUGGAAUUACAUCAGGGAUCAGCUCUGAGCCCGUUCUUGGUUGCAGUGGUGAUGGACAGGUUAGCAGAUGAGGUCAGGCAUGUCUUCAGAUGACAUUGUGAUCUUCAGUGAGGGAGUACCUGAAAGGAUGGAGUUGUGCUCUGAAGAGGAAUGAAAGUUCAAGAUGUUAAGAUUUUAAUUGGGAAUGAAGAUUAUAUAUCAGAGGGACAGCUCAGGUUUCACAGUGAGAGAGGAAAAGUUGAGAUGGUUUGGACAUGUGAUUAUGAUGGACAUCCCCCCCAAGCAGCAGGAAAAGAGAAAGGAAAAAGAGGAGGUUCGUGCAUGUAUUGAAGCAGGACACGCAGCGGGUUGAUGUGACAGAAAAGACCGCUAAGGAUCGGGUGAGAUGGUGGCAGGUGAUCUACUGUGGUGACGCCUAAAGGGAGAAAGAUGAUGAAGAAGAAGACGAAUACAAUAUAUGUCAGUGUGAUGGUGUAUGCAAAUUGUAUUGUGAUAAGACUCACAGAAAUGACACAACUUGUUACUUUUGUAUGUUGUAGAAUAAAUUACUGUUUGUACCAUGUGGACAA